UGCAGUGGAUGUUGCUAGAACCCACGCGGAGGAAGGAAGAGACGCAAGCAGGCUGCGGCUACCCAAGCGGCCGCCCCGGCCUCAGAGACCCCUUCCCCGAGAGACGGCACCAUGACCCAGGGAAAGCUCUCCGUGGCUAACAAGGCCCCUGGGACCGAGGGGCAGCAGCAGGUGCACGUCGAGAAGAAGGAGGCUCCAGCAGUGCCCUCAGCCCCACCCUCCUAUGAGGAAGCCACCUCUGGGGAGGGGAUGAAGGCAGGGGUCUUCUCCCCAGCCCCCACGGCGGUGCCUCUCCACCCAAGCUGGGCCUAUGUGGACCCCAGCAGCAGCUCCAGCUAUGACAACGGUUUCCCCACCGGAGACCAUGAGCUCUUCACCACUUUCAGCUGGGACGACCAGAAAGUUCGUCGAGUCUUCAUCAGAAAGGUCUACACCAUCCUGCUGAUUCAGCUGCUGGUGACCUUGGCUGUCGUGGCUCUCUUUACUUUCUGUGACCCUGUCAAGGACUACGUCCAGGCCAACCCAGCCUGGUACUGGGCAUCCUAUGCUGUGUUCUUUGCAACCUACCUGACCCUGGCUUGCUGUUCUGGACCCAGGAGGCAUUUCCCCUGGAACCUGAUUCUCCUGACCGUCUUUACCCUGUCCAUGGCCUACCUCACUGGGAUGUUGUCCAGCUACUACAACACCACCUCCGUGCUGCUGUGCCUGGGCAUCACAGCCCUUGUCUGCCUCUCAGUCACCGUCUUCAGCUUCCAGACCAAGUUCGACUUCACCUCCUGCCAGGGCGUGCUCUUCGUGCUUCUCAUGACUCUUUUCUUCAGCGGACUCAUCCUGGCCAUUCUCCUACCCUUCCAAUAUGUGCCCUGGCUCCAUGCAGUCUAUGCAGCACUGGGAGCGGGUGUGUUUACAUUGUUCCUGGCACUUGACACCCAGUUGCUGAUGGGUAACCGACGCCACUCGCUGAGCCCUGAGGAGUAUAUUUUUGGAGCCCUCAACAUUUACCUAGACAUCAUCUAUAUCUUCACCUUCUUCCUGCAGCUUUUUGGCACUAACCGGGAAUGAGGAGCCCUCCCCACCCCACCAUCCUCCAGAGAAUGCACCCCUCUUGGUUCUCUGUCCCUCCCCUGUGCUACAAGACCAGAUAUAAAACUAGCUGCCAA